AUGCCCUCAAACACCAUCACUUCCUUCUCACCUACUCUUGUUCCGUCCUCCAACCGACCUCUGUGCUCAUCUGGUACAGUAGAUGAAUGGCUUAUACUUUACAUAUUUUGGGGUUUGCAGUUUUCAAUAGCCGCUUUAAAUUCCGCUAGUAACAAUGAAUCACCGGUAGCGGCGUUGAAUUCUGCUAGUAAGAAUGAUUGGAUGAAGCAAUCUUUGGUGAAUAAUGUAAUAGGAAGCACAAUGAAUCAAAGCAACCUGAUUCAACCAUGGCAGUAUGAUGUUUGUAAUGUUGUAUGCAAAACCAAAGAUGUUUGUAAGAGACACCUUAUGGGAAAGAAUCAUCCGAGGAAUUUGCAAGCAAUGAUAAAUCCCUUGAUAUUUGGGGCUUCUGGUGUGGCAAAUUUUCAUGAAUUGGAUAGAAAGAAGCAACAACUUUUGAAUGCUGGGGCUCCCGUUGGUUCCAUUCGGUUGUGCACCAUAUGCAACGUUGCUUGUAAUAGCCAUGAUGCUUUCGUUAAACAUCUUUCCGGAAGAAGACAUGUUGCUCAGGUCAGAUUAAUAGCUAUCGACGGGAUUGGACCUUAUCUUGCUGCCAUCCAAGCUAAUGAUCAAUUUUGGAAUAAAGGCAAGAAGAUAACUAAGAAUAAGAUCAGUCAACCUACAUGGUGUGAAGUCUGCCAAAUCAACUGUAACAGCAGCAAUGUCUAUGCAAAACACUUGUCUGGGAAAAAACACCUGAAGAACCUUCAGAAUUUGGAAAAAUCAAAGAACAGCACAUGCUAUUCUUCUUCCAUUGACACACCGAUUGCAGCAAAUCUCGUAAUUGGAGCAGUGGAGAACCCAGCAGCCGAUGGUUGCAGUGGUGCUGAUGCACAAAAAUCGAAAAAGAUGAUUGCACGGUCUGAGGCAGCCAAGGAGGAUUUGGAGACAAAGAAACAGAAAGUGAUAGAGGGUGGAGCAGCCGCCACUGCCAUUAGGGUAUGCGUUAUUUGUAAUGUGGUAUGCAACAGUCAGACGGUCUUCAACUAUCAUCUUACAGGGCAAAAGCAUGCCACCAUGGUAAAGAAGCUAGCCAAUGGCCGAAUACCAACUGACACCUCAAACGAGAUAAAGACGGAUAUAGAUAGAGAAUUCAUAGGAUAA